AUGCCAAAGUAUGCCAAAUGCCUCAAGGACAUCAUAUAUAACAAGAGAAAUUGGGAUGAUUAUGGGACUAUACUAAUGAAUGAGGUAUGUAGCACAAUCAUCAGAAAUAAGCUUCCUCUAAAGUUUAAGGAUCCAGGGAGUAUCACUAUACCUUGUGUAGUUGGUAAAUUAUCUAUUGAUAGAGCACUUUGUGAUUUAGGAGCUAGUGUAACUUUAAUGCCUUUGUCUUUGUACAAGAAAUUGAAUAUUGGAGAACCUAAACCCACCAAUAUUUCCCUACAACUAGCCGAUAGAUCCAUAGUCUAUCCCGAAGGAAUUUUGGAGGAUGUUUCUAUAAAAGUUAGGGAGUUCUAUGUGCCUUGUGACUUUGUGAUUCUAAAGAUGGAAGAUCUUCAAAUCCCUAUAAUUUUAGAACGACUUCUCCUUACUACAACUAGAGCAAUGAUUGAUGUAAAAAGGGGUAAGAUCAAACUUGAAGUUGGGGAAGAAACAGUGGAGUUUGAUGUCUUCAAAGAUGGCACAAGACCCUUUAAUAAUAAAAUCAUGUUUUAUAGUUGA